UUUUCUUCCUCACUUUUCCGCGACGCGCAGUUUCCAUAGUAACGGAGUCGCUUUAGGCAGGAAGAAAAUCCCUGGAAAAGCCGGAGCCUGGGAACAUGAAAGGGAAAAACGCGCAAAGUAAAAGCGCGAAAGGAGAGAAGGGGAAGAAAGUCGGCGAGGGCGCCGGCAAGAGCAGGGUAGAGCCGAAGUCCUUAAAGGAGGAGUCGGAGGCCGAAAGGGCUAAAGCCGCAGCGGCGCUAUGGGAGGCCAGGUUGGAGGUAACGGAGAUCUCCCGCAAAGAGCACCGCGAGGCUGCUCGCCGCCUCGCCCGGAACAACGAAGAGCUGGAACGGCAGCGGCGGCGGCUGGAGAAAGACAUGGUCGACGUGGUCUCCUGCCUCAAGAAGCAAGACGCGGAGAAGGAAGACCUGAUUGAGAAGCUGAAACAGCAAGUGAAUGAAUUGAAGCUCAGAGCAAAAGAGGAAAGUGAACAAGCGGCAGAACAAUUUGCUAAACAGUUAGAAGAGAUGGAGGCGAAAUUUCAUCGAAAGGCUAAGGAAAUUGGUCUAAUUCAGAUUGAACUUAAGAUGAUCAAAGAAUUUCGCAAAAAGAAAGCACUUUUGGAGAAAGAAUUAGAAGAUCUGAAAGAUACCUUGGAUAUCACAAAAAAAGAACAUCAGGAAACUAUUAGUAUGUUGGAGAAAAAGUUCAUUGAAGAAAAGCAACGUCUGGAAAGAGAAGCAGAGAAGAAGAUUAUAAUGCUGGCUGAAAGAGCCCAUCAUGAAGCUAUUGCACAGUUGGAUAAUGCUGGACGAGCAGUUUUUACAGAGAAUGUUCGUCUUCAAGAGGCUGUUGGUUAUCACAUGAAAGAGACAGAAGAGUUAGAAAGAGUCAAGGAAAAAUUGGAGAAAAGCAAUGCCUCUCUCUUGCAGGAAAAGGAAACCAAAGACCUUUUAAUUAAGAAGAAGAUUCUCCAAAUUACUCAGCAGAAAGCACUAAUCCAGGAGCUUCAAAACAAGGUUAAAAAACUAGAAGAAGCAGUUAAUUAUAUGGCUGGAGAAUUUAAAAUAGAAAUAAAAAAAACAAAAGAGAAGGCUUUGGUACAGAACCAAGCAGGUCAGACAGAAAUCGGAAAGCUGGAGCAGCUGCUGGAAAUGAAAGAAAAAGAAAUGAGUAGAGUGAAGAAAUUAGCCAGGAACAUCUUGAAUGAAAGGACAGAAGUGGAGAAAUUCUUCUUAGAUGCUCUGGAGCAAGUCAGACAAGAGAUCAUAAGCAGCAGGAAGUGUUACAAGCAAGUGGCUCAAGCCGCCUAUCAAAGGAAAAUGAUGGCAGCAUUUGCAGGGAAAGAGGACUACCCCAAAAUCAGAACAUUUAAUGACAAUGCACAUAGCACAAAUAGCGUGCAAAUGGACCUUUUGGAAGCAGAGAAAUGGACAAAUAUUCAGAAGGGGAAGGUGGACAUUUCUGAACUGACCUGGGAGCAGAAGGAAAGAGUAUUGAGGUUACUGUUUGCAAAAAUGAAUGGCUUAAGACACAGGAAAUACAGUCAAGUUUUGGUUCCAGUAACACCAACCAAUUUUAAUUUUGCAGAAACAAAGGCAUCUGAAGGUGAUACUGUUCCUGUCUAUGCUUUCAUCACUCAGCAGGCACCACUAUCUGAAUCAUCUCAUAAAUCAUCACCCCUCCCAGAUAUUCAUCUUAUACCACCCGAGUAGAUUAGCAUGGAUACUAAUCACAGACCGCUGAAAUUAUAAUUCUUCUUUUCUCAACAUUUACUCAGAUGUGUAAGGCUAAUCAUGCUGCAGCAAUGAAAGCACUGAUUUUGUGCAUCACAAUUUGCUUUACAUCAGGUCAACUUGAAAGAUAACAGAAUUGUUUCUUUAAAGAAAUAAUUCGUGGUUUUCUUCAAAAAGUAAAUGUCUACACAUCAAUUCAUUUGUUUAAGAAGUUAUUUGAAAGGUUGUGUAUUCUUGAAUAAAACUGAUUAAAAUAUGUUUGCAACUAUUUUAAAAGCAUUUUUUGUGGAAAAAAAGUAAUGAUUCUGGUAAGAAAAUAUCUCCAAGGAUUAUCCAGUGGGUCAGGGGUUGUCUAGUAUGACAUACAGAUGAACAAUUUUUUUUUUUCAGAUUUAUAUACUGAAUCUCUCACAUAGGAAUAUCAGGAGGUAGAAUACCAGUGGCACAGUCUGACAACUUUGAUGUUUCUUAAAGGCAGUUUUUUAUUUUCAUCUAAGCUUUUUACUUGCUUUCUAUAUUUCAACCAGCGUGUCCAACGAUUAUUUCAAAACAUUCACAAACCUCAUUGUUGUCUUUGAACUAAGACAUGAUUUAGUAUCAUGUUCAAAUAAUAACCAAUGUUUAUACUUUGAUUUAGUAUUAGAAGUAUUUCUAUUAUUAGAUUAUUAGUCUGAAGAAAACCAAAAGGCUUUUGAAUUUAGUGGCAUUUAUUCAUGAUUAACACCAAUAUGCAACUUUCAAGCAUAUGGAUGAAUAACCUGUUCAGGUAAUAAUGAUCAGUUUUUAAGCACCUGUUAGGUACAAAAGCUAAUUUGAUUAGACAAUAGAAAGCAAUAGCGCAUUUUCCAAAUUUAAGGAAAUAUUUUGUAAUUUUUUAAAAACUCUAUGUGAAGAUCAUAUGUAGUCCCAAAAUAGCAUCACUGUAUCAUCCUUUAUCUCUAAAUUUGACAUAAGUGUAUUACUCAUAGCUAAUCCAUACAUACUAUAUAGCAAUAUAGUAUGUAUGAAUUAGCUAUGAGUGAUACACUUAUGAACAACUGAACAACUCAGAGAUCUCAAGAUCAAUAAUAUGUAUACUCAAGUAUAUAAAAUCACAGAUGUCUUUGUAACUAGUGUUAGAAUCUACCUUCUCCACAUAUAUUUGGCUAAUGAAAAAUAUCAUAAUCAGAUUAAAGCAAUAUAGAUAGAAUAUAUUGCCUCUAUAAAAAUACGUUACUUUCUUGGGCCAUUUGUUCAGCACUAUUUAAAACAAAGCUCAAACACAUCUAGUUCCAAAUAUACUCAGUGCAUAAAUAGUAUGUAGGCACAUUCAUGUAUAAAAUUAAAAUUUGUUGAUUUUGUAUGACUAAAUUUUGUAUGAUUUUGUAUGACUAAAUUCUAGUGAUGGUAAGGCUUCACUGCUUCUCCACAAGGCCAUACUCUCAAAACAGCUCUAUGAAAUGCUUGCAGGAUAGUUCUCCUGGAUUUGCCUCUCCCAAAAUUUACUUGCCCAUCCUAGUAUGAGACACAAUCAUUCCAGCAUAUGCAGGAUUUUUUUGCAAAAAAAUCUUAAAAGCAAUAGAAUAUAUCACCCAUAAACAGAGUGAUAUCAACUGUUGCAGCAACUGCUUUCCCAAAAACUAAUUCUCUAGGAAGAACUUGAAUUUUCAACAUUAUCUCAUGAAUAGGACAAAAGCAAAUGAAGCAGAUACUGCUUUGGCCUGAUUACUCAUCACAGAGAAUGUUUUCUUCUACAAAAAAAAAAA